AAGGCAGGAAGGAGCUGUGUCGAGGCAGAUAUAAAAAGCCAAGUAGAAGGACGGCUAGGACAAAGAUUCUGGUGGAGACGAGGACACAAAGAAGAAGCAUGGCACGUUGAUAUACCUGUGUGUUAAUCGGCUAAAUCAUGACCAUGACGCUAUGUAUCGCAACCAGUUGUUUAUGGCUUGUUUGUCUAUAAUGAAAAUACUUCUCGCACAUUUACUCAUACUCAUCGUCUCUUUCUCCAAUUAACUUAUCAUGAGACGUUGUUCCCCUAUAUGGUGCUUGCCCAGCGGAUCAAACAUGACUCUGAUCAUUUUUGAAUUAUGUCUGAUCUCCUUGCCAAUCAAAACGAGCAAGAUGAGGGUGAGGUGGUAAGUGGAGCAAUGUGAUGAUAAAUUAUGACGUGUUGUGACCGACAGUCGUGCCUGCUGCUGCCAGCGGGACCAGGACGCCCCAAACUGAUGAGGUGACAAGACACUGCUCCACUAACGACUAGCAAGAGCUGCUCGGCUCUGCUUUUCAGGAUUAUCUGGAUAAGCCGCAGUGUUUGUGGUACCAUCAGCCUGUUUAACUGCACUCAGGUCACGAAUCAAUACGAAAGCGCAGUGCGGGUGAAGUUGCGCAGCGACUAUUUCCUUUACGUGCCGAUCUUAACCGUCGCGCCAGUAUUGCACAUAAACUCCGUUACGCAUAUUCUCAAAUGAGACGUUAACUGUGGUGUUGAGCGCCGCUCGCUGUACCGUGAUUCGAAGCAACGACGACGAGUCAUCUGGAGAGGGCCGAUUUUUUCCUUCUGAACUCACCAGUAAAAUUCGUGACGAAGACGUGCUACAAGGCUAAGGCACCAGGUUAGCCUCUUCCGGCUUUCGACUCCAGACCCUUGACGCACAGCGCCGUGAGCCGGACCUCCAAACGGUGGAUACGAACACUGUCAACGUCUCAAGAGCAAGACGACUGGAAAGAAUACAUUUCACAUCUGCAGGCAUCGGCAGCAUAGUUCGCAUUUUCAAAAAAUUGAACACGUGUAAGAAAGAACCGCCUACACCUCCUGAGAGCCUGCUUUGAUUUUAUGCUCGUCCCUAAUAAAUCAAGUGGUAUUUGUUCUUGAACGAGAAUCCUUCUGACCACGCCUCCUGUAUGCCGUCGAUAAACACAAUGGUUGAUCCUGCGCAGCCCACGGGCUCCUCAGGAGACGACGCCUACGCGGCAGGAACUCUCAUCUGGAUCAGGUCUGAGGAGGAGGUUUGGCAGGCUGCAGAAGUGCUGUCAUCGAGUAAAACCGAACUUAUCGUCAAACUCGAAACAACAAACGAUCAAAUCGUCGUGAACCCUGCAAAAGACCAGGUCUACUUGCGAAGUCGCGAUCUCUACACGGCUGAGGGUGAAAUUUUUUAUAUAUGAAAUUUGUUGUUUUUUUUCACUGUCGCACCAGAAGCAGAACCAGUACUUCUACAUGCUUGCUAUCUGGAUCCAAUGGAUUGACGGGCAUGUUAAUCGAAAAAUGUCCCUGUGUUGUAUCAUGUCUAUCGCUUUCAUCAUUUUCAAUGGAUACUCCCACAGGCCUCGUCGCGCUCGACGAUCUGACUCAGCUGACGCACUUGCACGAGCCCGCAGUGCUGCAUUCGCUUCAAAUGCGUUUCGACAUUGACAAAAUUUACACGUUUACGGGACCGAUUCUCAUAGCUGUGAACCCGUUUAAAACGAUUUCAGACCUGUAUUCGCUGAAAACACUAAAGUCCUACAUUGCGGGCGGCGACAACCUCGCGAAACCGCACGUCUAUGCCACCGCGGCUGCAAGUUUCAAGGGGCUCUGCGAGGGAGACAGCAGCCAAACGAUAUUGAUUAGUGGUGAGAGUGGUGCGGGUAAGACGGAAACGACGAAGUUCGUGAUGAAAUUCCUCGCCCUAGCCGGAGCAGGCGAAUCAGGGGUCUCAGAUGUCGAGCGACAGGUGCUGGAGAGUAACCCUCUUCUCGAGGCAUUCGGUAAUGCGAGGACACUCAGGUAGUGACGAGCCGAUAUACCACCCUAUUACGUAAUCAUGAAAACUUCUAGAUCGAGUCCUAGUUGUUAGAAGUAGAUGACAUGAGUCUUCCUCUUUGUGAUCGGUUUAUUCGCCUCGUCCAAAUAGAAGAAGCUGUUUCAGACUUUCUCAUCUGUGUGUGACCUGUGUUUGCUUCAGCUGCACAUUUCCGUUUUGUAACCCCACCUUCAGGAACGAUAACUCCUCUCGUUUCGGAAAAUUUAUCGAAUUGCAAUUCAAGCCUAGUGGAAGCGGCACCACUGGUUACCGACUUUGCGGAGCCAGAAUCCACACUUACCUCCUAGAAAAGGUCCGCGUUACUGAGCAGCAGGAAGGCGAGCGAAAUUUCCACCUUUUUUAUCAAGCGUGCGCAGCGGCUUCUGCAGUUGCGGGUGACACGCCGCCAAGUCUUGGCGACAAGCUCACAUAUCAGGUACUUUCUUAUGAAUUUCGAAACAAAAGCUCUCUUUCUAUUUUUGACUCAAGAACUUCUGCUUCAACAUCAUGACAUCUUCCAACAUCAACACUCAUGUAACUAUGUUUGUACACGCAAUUAGAACCUCAUGUUGAAUUCCAAAUCAGUUCCCGCAACUUCGGACUGAUGCACGCGCAGCGACAUUUGAUUUGAGUGGGUUCGGAGCGUACUCAAAUUUUCGAUACUUGACGCGCUCCUCGUGCUGGCAAUUGAAGAAUGUGUCAGAUCAAGCACAAUUUGAGGACACGUUAAACGCGAUGCUCACCAUCGGCAUCUCAGAGUCGCAAAUCAACGCGAUAUUAGCUUGUGUUUGUGCGGCACUGCAUCUCGGAUCGGUCACGUUCGAGAAAGCGCCACAAGAUUCGGAGGCAUCAGUCGUUUCGGCCGAUACGGCGGAACGCAUGGCGCAGGCAGCCAAAUGUCUAGGGGUGACGGCGGAGCAGCUCGCGCACGCGUGCAGCCACAAAACAAUCAAGACAGCAACUGAAGGCAGUGUUGUCGCGGAUCUUCGAACAGAGCAGGCAGAGGCGUGCAGGGACGCAGCGGCGCGUUACCUGUACGGCCGCGUUUUCAUAGACGUGGUGCAAAAAACAAACGAGAGUAUCGGAUAUCGAACAGACGUGGACCUUUUCUGCGGCGUUCUCGAUAUCUUCGGUUUCGAAUGCUUCAAGAUAAACUCUUUCGAACAAAUCUGUAUCAACUACACAAACGAACGAUUGCAGCAAUUCUUCAACGAGUUUGUCUUCAAACUCGAGGAGUCACUCUAUAAUCGGGAAGGUACACAUCGACUUCUAGCACGGCAAUUGACUACAUGUUCUCUCUUUUCACGAGCUGUGUGGUCGAUCAAAUGUGAGGGAGUAGUUGUAAGGUGCAACUAAGUAGGUACAUUGAUUCUAUAUGAUACAGACGCACAACUAUGCUUCCUAACCUAAUGCGUUGCCGUUGCGAGUGCACGACCAAGAAAAGCAAAAGAAUUAUGUAACUGCUGAUAGUCCUCUAGCGUAACUUACUGGUUGGACACCAGCAUGAUCGGCUUUUUGAUUAACAAAAACUGGACUAGGACUUGGUCUUGGACACAACAUAAUCGCAUUCUAGGUAUCCCCUGGGACCCCUUGGACUUUCCGGACAACCAGGCCUCAGUGGAUCUUUUGGAGCAAAAGCCAACGGGUAUUUUCGCGAUGCUCGACGAAGAGUGUAUGGUACCGAAUGGGAGUGAUCAAGGCUUCGUGAACAAGCUAGUGAAGCAGCACUCUGGGCACAUCCGUUUCGACGUGAUCCGGACUAGACAGAGCUGGUUCGUCGUGAAGCAUUUCGCAGGGCCCGUGGGCUACGAAAGUGCAAAUUUCAUGGACAAGAACAAAGAUCAACUGUCGAUGGACGUCGUCGAGCUCAUGAAAAGCUCAACGAACGAAUACAUCGCGCACUUGUUCAAAACGGAUAAGAAAUUUCUACAGGUAAAAACUGAAUGUCAAGCAUGUAAGCCUGUGUAUUAAAGCUUAGGGAGGUCAAUUACAUCAACAUCCAAAGAUUGAUUGGUGUAUUUUUAUUCAUAUUCCACCCUUGCAGUUAUAUUAGUUCCAUUAUAUUCAUUGUCUUUUUCUCGUCUCGCUUUUACUUCUCCCUAUCUUCCCAACAGAGCGAGGGUCCAGAAGCGCGCAGAAUGUCGCGGAAGAAAAUAGUGACGAUAAGCUCAGAGUUUCGUGAUCAGCUACAACACCUUAUGACCACUGUGAAGAACACAGAGCCGCAUUUCAUUCGCUGUAUCAAGCCGAAUCCUCAGAAUUUGUGCGACGUGUACGACAGGCCUGGCGUAACGGAGCAGCUACGGUUUCAUUUUGUCUGAGUCUUUCGUUUUGGAUCUGCAUCUGAGGAAUUGGGAUGACUCACGAAUUUAUAACGAAAAGCAAAGAACGCUGAAUGUUGUAAGUACUUUGUUAUCUCUUCUGCUAAGCAACAGUAGCGUUACUUCUUGAAGAUGCGAAGAGCCACUAGCUACAUUACACCAACUACAAUAACAAUUACCCCAGAUACGGUGGUGUGCUGCAAGUUGUGCAGGUUUCCCGUGCCGGUUAUCCGGUCCGCGUUAAACCGAUAGACGCUUGGUUAGACUACAGGAUACUUCUGCCGGCGCAUCUCAGACAAGAUUUUAUGGGACAAGAUAGCAGUGCAACUAGUUGAUCUUCAUGUACAAUUUCAAGUCAAAAAUUGAACUGCUACAAUGCUGCCGUGUACUUAAAAGAGCGACUGACAUCACGAUAAUUACCGAAACUACUACGAAUGACUCAACACUGCGGUCUCCCGUCUCCGUCUCUCUUCUAUGUACUACCCCAUUCUCCUAUGUGUCUGUGUCCCAAGAUUGUUGUGCCCGUCCUUCAUUAUCCACGAGGAAAAGGAGAAAGUGGAGGAAAAAGUGAAGUUGAUGCUGACGUACCUUGUUCGGGAGUUGAACAUCGUGAUUUCGCAUUCCGUCGGACCUGUGUGGGCUGUGGGUAAGACCUUGGUGUUUUUCAAACAGCACACGUAUGAGAAAAUCUCGCAACGACGGCUCAUUAUCCGUGGUGCGGCUGCGGUAAAGAUACAAGCAAAGUACAAAGCAGUGAAAGCUGCGAAGAAUUUCGAACUCUUGCAAUUCUGUGUCAGUCACAUGCAGGCUUUGUUCCGAGCAAAGCAAGCACGAGAUUUGCUGGACGAGAAGAGACAACACUAUGCAGCAGUGCAGUUGCAGAAAAAGGCAAGAGCGCUCGCAGCUACAAAAGAGUAUUUGAUUGUCUCAGUAGGAUCUGCAACUGCAAAUGCAAUGAUCAUCAACCCUUGUAUUUAUUUUGCAUGACUGCUACAAAAAUAUGAUUGGUUCUUUCAACACCUCGUGAUUGAACGAAAGUAAACGUCUCCUGUUCCAUUAUCAACAUUUUCGAUAUUCGCAAAAAAAUACGCUCUACUUCGAGUUCGAUUUCAGCAAAAUAUCAAAGGUACCGCCGUGUCCGUGUGGCGAUAAUAGCAAUCCAAGCAACGUGGCGAGGUCGGCAGGGACGUACUUACGCGAAGGAGUACAGGAGGUACAGGGCGAGCGUGCGCAUCCAGUCAAAAUGGAGAGGCGUUUUGGAGAGGCGCGUUUUUGCCGCUCUCGUCAAAGGUAUCAACCAAAUGCAGACGCGGUGGCGCAUGAAACAGGCGAAGGUACAACUCAAAAAGCUGAAAGCAGAAGCAAAAGAGGUGGGGAACUUGUUGGCCAAGCACCAGAAGCAGCAAGAGCUUAUGAAAGACCAAACCCGCAAGCUGCAAGACGCGGAGAGCUCAAGCUUACAGCUCAAAGCCGAGAACAAAGAGCUGCUCAGCACAGUACACAAACUCGAAGCGGACCUGAAAAAGCAGGAAAAUCGCAUGGCAGAGAUUGCAGCGGAGGAAGAAGCGCGAAAAGCGAAAGAAGCCGAGGAAGGCGACCUCGCGAAGAUCAAGUCCCAUGAGCUCGACGCGCUGCAAACGGAGGCAGCAACGCUGCGAGAAGAAAACGCGCGACUGAAGGAAGAUAUCAUUACGAUGCUCCCUAGUUCUUCUUCAUAUUUUUGUUUCACUUGUCCUUGCGGUAAUACGAUGAAGCACUCAUCUUCAUCCACCAGACGCUCAUAUUUCGUCUACAGCAGGAUCAAGACAAGCAAAAACUAAAAAGUGCAAUGAAUUGUAAAAAUCGAAUGAAGUUGUAUAAGUUCUUGGAGUUCUCGUAGUUCUAAUGUUCCCGGCUACAAGGCGGAAAUAACAAAGCUGCAGGAACAACUAGAGCAAGCGAACACGCGGUAUUCUCAAUUGUUGAAGAAUACAGCAAUGCAGUCGAUGGGCGGCGCCGUGGAUUCUAGACAGGGCGCGCAGCCGAGAGCUGGCGUGCGAUCAGUGGAUAUCCAGCUAGUUGGCGCGCAGAAAACCGGAAAGACUAUGCUAUUGGAGAAGCUCAUUCGAGAUUGCGAUCCGGAUCAACUGACAAAGUUUCAGGCAGACCGGGCAAACUUCAUGGGCAGAUACCAGGUCUGCUUAUCAUGCAGGAUAGCCUUCGAUGUGUAGAUUUCUCCCUCUACUGAUGAAACUGUAGUAAGAGAAUCAGUGAAUAAGAACGUCUAAAAACAUUGCUAUUUCUGUUCUAACAAGUUCCGAAGGUUAAGACAUGUGAAACGUUAAUACGUCAGACCUGAAGAAAAAUUACGUUACCGUUAAAAACAAAACCAGAUUCAAUGCGGCGGCGAGGACUCUCGACCACUGAAUAUUCUGGACUGCUCCGGCAACUCUCGAGCGGCACAGCAUAUCAAAGAGUACUUCACGCGGUCAUUGUGGGUGAUAGUGGUCUACGAUUUCUGUUCAUUGGAGUCGUUCGCCUUAGCCAAAGAGCUAAUGGGAUCGGCGACAAGGGCAGGUGCAGGCUGCGUUUUCUUCGGAAACAAGUUCAAUUUAGAACAAGGAGGAGAGUCGAAUGUACUAAUUGUCAUUUUUAUGAAACAUUGUUUUAGAAGUUUUGAAACAAUUUGUAAAAAAUGUAAUUCCUGAACGAAGAAGUGAUGUUGGCUACUCAUGUGUGUUUGUCCUGAGCUUCGUUUUCAACAUUGAUGUAGUUGCUUCUGUUCAGGUGAAUGUGAUGGACGCCAAGGACAUCGCAGCAAACGCCGGUGCAUUGGCGGUCGAAUCUACCGAAAUCAAGGAGGCGGUGCGAAUGAUCGCUAGGGACAUUGAGUCCGAGCAUCAAGCGGGUGAGAAUGCCAGAAACCGAGCAGCCCCAGGCGCCAUGUCACAGGUCUUUGAUCGCGUCUCAAAUAUGUUCGGAGCAAACAAGCGAGGCUCGGUCAACGACGCAGCGAUGAAACUAUCACAGGUGCGCAAUGAAGAUAACAAUAGUGAUAAUGUCCCGCUUAUUUUUUCGCGCUAUGAUAUCACUUAUGAUCGGAUUUUUUGAUAUCAGAAAGCCCGUGACCAACGGUAUCCUCAUUAUUGGACGAGAAUAAACUAACCAAUGAAAUAAGUAACAAGGGGGUACAGUUCUUUGAUGUCACCUCAAUUAUCUUCCAUCUUAGGUUGGUGUCUUGAAUCCUUCGUUGAAGGGCACCAAGCUGAUGAAGCAGAACCGCAGGGAAGGCGACGUUGCGACGGAGUUGAGGCCUGUGCAGGAGUUACAGGAUUCGGAGAGCGCGGUUACAUGCAUCGUCUUCGGGCAAGAGCGACUUCACCGCUCUUACAUUUUACUCGCGGCAGCAUCGAAAGACGGAACUGUGGUCAUAUAUCGCUGUUACCGAACCGAGAUGGAGCUUUCCAUGCUAGACGCCUCAGACUUCCCGAAGGACGAUUCCGACAGAGAAGGUGCCGAUCACAGCAAUAUCGCAGUUCACAGCCGUCUGGUCGGACACAGUAGGGCAAUCACUUCGGUACAAAAACUUGAUACUAGCAUACAUAGUUGGUUGACUUUGAUGACGAAUAACUAAUAAAGGAUGGCCAGCUUUCUUCUACUUCUUGGUAAUACUCUACAUGUUGAUUUACCUUGAGCAGAAGAAUUGGUGUAUAGUAUUACCAUCUCAACCAAAAAUUAUCCUUUCAGAUUUUCUUCAAUUUGCUAGAGGACCAGCUGGUGACCACAAGUAUUGAUAAAAGCGUUCGAUUUUGGUCAGUGGAGACAGGUGAAAUGCUGAAAGUUUUUACGGACUCUUCUCCAGUCCCAGUUGCCACCUUCUUGCCCUUCAAUCCGCAAGUGUUUGUGGCCGCAAACAGUAAUGCGGUGUUGCGUCUGGUGAAUGUGCAAAACGGCAUGGUGAUGCAGAAACUCAAGGUUGAAACGGAAGUGCGCGCCUUGAAAUUCGAUGACAGUGGACUAUUCUUGCUGGCAGGAACCAAGAACGGAUCAAUCCACGUGUUGGAAGCAUCGGACUCGGCAACCCUGAAGUUCCGGUUCAAAGUCCAACUUGCUCGAGGUGGCGUCACGUGCAUCACAUUCGUGCCGUCGGCACAUGGCUACCCACCCUGCCUCUUAGUCAACACCAGCGAUAGCUCGGUGAGCCGUCCUUCAUAUUUGAAUCCCUGCCUUUUCUAGUUAACACGAGCGAUAGCUCGUUUUUUGGUGAUACGAACCUCCCUUGUAUUGCUGAUGUUGUCUCAUGAAAUAAUAAAUGAGAAACAAUUAGAACACCUACAGCAUUCUCACAACUCCUCCAGGUGAAAAAUGUAUUUUAAGUAUUUCAGAACGAACCUGCUGGUAGAACUACUGAUACAACUUUUGAUUCUCUAUUAUAAGCACCAUUACCAUAGGUAACGAUCAUCGACUGCACUUACGGCCCUCCAGCUGGAGUUCUUACCAACUUGACUGUGAGACACCGAGUCAAGGUCGCCCACAGCCUUUUGCCGCUUAAGUGCUGCUACUCCCCAAGUGGACUUGGGUACUACUAGAAGUUUGGUUGUCAGUGUCUUGAAGAUUUUCUAGACCUAGGCAAUUCCAUUUUUAAAAAACAUUCCAAUUUAAUCAUUCAUGAGGGUUACGCUUAUUCUGAGUACUGGAUUACUGGUACUCCGUUGUCAUGAAAUAAAUCAGGUACCUCGUAUCCGGCUCCGAGGAUAAGGAAGUCUAUAUCUACUCGCUUGGUAAGGGAAUGAACUACAAGAUGCAAUAUUUGAAACAUCAUCUGGUACCAGUUGUAGCCGUGGCAACCAACCACCAAGACACACUACUCGCGAGCGCAGACUCCCUUGGCCGCAUUGUCCUUUGGAGAAGAAUGGACUUUUCUCACCUGCCGCAAACUGCACAGUAGUUUUUUCUUUGAUUAACGCGUUGAGACUGCAGGUGGAGAGGACACCGUCAACUUCAACAUUACCAAGAAAAAUACUGUUCGAGUAUGCGACGUAUAGUGGAAGAAUAUACGGGUUGUACGUAUAACUGCGGAGGUGGGACGAGCAUGAUGAAUACGAGCCGGACGAAAUAUUUGGGGGAAUAUUUUGCGCAGGCGAACAUCUUUCCCACCAUUUCUCGUUUGACCACGAGACAGCAGUUAAACUCAUGCCGUGAUGAAUGACUAGGACUACUUCAUAUGCCGCUGAACGUGAAUACCUGUCGUUGUCCCUGGCUCUGCUUUUGAUGCACCCGCGCUUAUCUCUCAAGGUCCGUUUUUGCUGAACAUAUUUGCGUAGCAUAGGAGCACAAGAAUUGGCGCUCAGAAUGAUCAGUAAUACUGAUUCAGUGGUGUCGAGCAGGUUCUGGUGAUGAUCAUGGUGUGCAGUUGGUUCCAUUUUCACGUGGAUGAUGGUCACAUGAUGUGCUUCUUGGGGGAACAAAGAAGACCAUUCCCUAGCUUGUUAUGAUCAUUGUUUCAGGGUGUCUGUCUCAUGGUUGGCAUGGUUGCAAGAUACGUAGGUCUACAGGUAGUAGUGAAGGUACAUUUACUUUACCCGGAUGUGCUCGAUGUGUGAUGUAGCUGCACGGCGAGGCUAGGGGACUUGUUACUGUACGAAUGAUUCCUUUGAUUUUUCUCUACUGCUGUCAAAGGUGGGGGGUUUCAAUAUGUACAUUUAGAGGGGGACAUUGAGAUUUGUUACGAUAGGUCAAAUAAGCACGAUAUCUAAUUUCUGGUUCGUUUUAUUUAGAUUUUUAUUCAAGGGUGUCUACUUACUUCUAGGUCGACUUAUGAAGAAUAGCAUAAGGUUCGGGUGUGUUUCGAUGGUGUACUUCAGUUGUUGUAUCCGCUGUAAUUGUGAAUAUUUGAUGGCCGCGGCGAUGGCGACAUUGAACCGGCUGCGACGAUUCCAUACCACUUAGAGGAUGUUCAUGUCUUUUUUUCAUUUUUCUUUUCCCAUAUUGUUUGUUUGAGUUUGAGACAUUCAUUUUCAUAGAAAUCAGAUUCAAUACUGUUGAACAUCAACUGUUCUCGUCAUUGAAAUUGUUUGAAACAAGGUCAAGCACAACAAGGAAACAGCAUGGAUGGGGAUAACAUACAUCGCGCACAUGCUGCAUCAUGUGGCGGGUGCAAUCGAUUGCGGCUGCGUCUUGGCUGACCUUCGACCCUUGAGGUUACCUGCACCAUAUUGUUCUGAUUAUUCUUCUGCCAGAGGCGGGACCAGGCUGCAGAUAAUUGGAUCUGUAGUUUUGCGUGAGUGAGACCCAGAGAAAAA